CGACGAUCAAGAAUUCAAGAUCACAGACGAAUCGCACCCUCAAUCACACUCACCAGCCACGUUAAAAGCGACAAUGCCUCAUGAGUACGGAGACAUGGAGAUGGGAGAGUCAGAUGCACCCAUGCCCUCACAAAAUGCACCUGAAACAGCUGCUCAAGGUUCAAACGCCAGAAAGAGACGAUAUCGCACGUCCAUGCAAUCCGGCUCUUUUGAAGCCAGCUACAAUGAGUUGAGCCAUCUCAUGAAGGUAGAAGGCAUGAGUCCAAGCACGAAAGGCGUUUAUCAACUUCUUAUCGAUGAUUUCGAGAUGCUGGGAAAGCUUGAAAAGCAUUCAGCAACAUAUCAUAUUAAGCAGGCCGAAAUUCUCCGCUCCGAAAUGCUCCUUUCCGAGAUGGUCGCCAAAGACCAGAAAUUCGCAGAACUGCAAGCCUCGAACGAAAAUUUCACCAACAAAAGUCGUAUUCUGAGUCUUGGCGAUUAUCAUAAAACCAAUUUACAUAUCUUUAGAACGACCGCCAGCACAUAUGUUUCCGAGUUCAAUAAAGGCAAGAAGGGAGCCAAGCGCAAGGAAAAUCUCAUUAGCAAUAGGAAGUGGAGGGAUAUCAUCAAGCAAUUAGACGAGGAGAAACGGGCACGAGAGACGUGGUUGUCGCACAAGUCAGGAGAGCGGCCCAAGCAGAAGCUCACUGAUUUCAUUACCGCCGUUGGGAACCGCUGCCGCCCUCGAACUUGGACGUUUCGACAAGCCUAUUUCGAAAUCACUGAGUACCAAAACCGCAACUCGGUCGCACAUGUUGGAAUAGACGAAUGGAUAGACGACGCUUCAAAAGAACACGAUCCAAAAACUCGAGAAAAGAUGUGGACCGCGGUAGCCCAACACAUUUUGAAGGACGAACACCUGAUUGACAAAGGGUUCAUCCCCACCCAUCUCAUUGGACAGGAGCCAGCGAUAUACGAAACCCUCGUAAUUUUCGAGAAAUACCAUUUCGAUGUUCUUGACAGAGGAUUGGGCAAUGACGGUGUAAAUACCGUCAAAGCAUUUGAAGUAGUGCCAGAUUUUCUUCCAAUAGAAGUUUGCGACGACCCUCAAAUAAACGUCAAACAAAGAGUCAUCGCUUUCGUUCCUAUCAACGACUACGAUGGUGCAUUGAAGAAGGCCUAUUUGACUGCAGAUAAGCAGGUUUUGGCUCUGACAGAGGAGAUCGAACAUGGUCGGGUGGUUCUGGAAGGGAAGAAGAGAGAUAAGAAGAAGUGGGAGCACCGUCUAGCACAAGCUGCAAAUGCCUUCCAGCAGAAUGAAAAGUGGCUCAAAAACAAUCCACAUAGCCAGGAAGAGGUUGCAGAGGAACUAGAGUAUCUAGCGCUAACUUGAGUAUCCUGCUUUUGUCGUCGAGACAUUUUGAGUGGAGUUUGCUGAAAGAGCAUGGUAGAUGAUAGGUUUGGGUUCCGUAUCGGAAGACUACUGUAUAGUUAAAGACAAAAGGGUUGAAAUAUCUAAGGAGUGUGAAGGGAAUGAGAGAAAGUGGCUUGAGAUAUCGCUACGUUUAAUGAGCAGGGCAUGGCUAGUAGCUAAGAGAACGUUUGCC